AUGCAACAGCAAGUGACAAACCUGCUUUAUGAAAGUUCAGAUACUUCCAUACUUUGUGUAUGCACGAGUAAAAUCAAGAAAGAAGACUGGAAGGACCACCAGAUAGUGUGCCCUAAACGAAGAUUAUCAUGUCCUGCUUUCAUUGCUUUUAUAAGCGCCCAUGUUAAGUUUGAAAAACCAUAUUGGAAAAUUUUUGGGGAUCGUUAUGCUGAGUUUUCUUCGUCACUAGUUGAUUCUAAUUGUGCACCAUCUUUGAAAGAGAUUGCAAAGUUGCAGGUUUUGAAAAACGAAUCUAAUUUAACUAAACUGAAAUCGAAUAAAUUACCUUCGGCAAUAAUUCACACUCUUCGUUGGGAGUGUCCAACCUUUGCCACGAAAAAUGAAUUGAACAAACAUAUGGCCGGAUCCUGUCCCUAUUACAAGGUUCAUUGCUUGCUUAUACCAGUUUUUCGACCUAUGUAUCACGGUGUAGUUCCGUCUAAUUGUCAUAAUAAUCACACAUGUCCUAAUCAUGAGUUAUCCAGGCAGGAGUUUUACGAGCAUUCCUUGAAAGGGGCUUUAGAUCCAGUUUCGCAGAGUCUUCCACCUAAACCAAUAUUUUUUCCAUAUCAUUGCUCGGCGUGCGGUCAGCACUUGCCUGAUUCCGAUGCUCACAUAUGUAUCGAAUCAUUACCUGAUCUACCAUCUCCUCCACUUCCAGCAUCUGAGGUGAUAUGUCACGGGUGUAAAUCGAUACUAAUCGAACCGAUGAAGUCUUUUAACGAGAUUGAGAAUGUGUGUAAGUCAUGUGGGCAAGAUAAAAAUCCGAUUUUAAUCAACACACUCCCAAGAACUCCUCUAGAGCAUCAGAAUAUGAUAGAGUUUUGGGAUGGCACAGAAAAACUCAGCGUUCGAUGGCAGGAUGUUAAACAGGAUUUACUAAAAAGUCGUGAUCAUGACUCGCAAGAGAGCUAG